UGCUCGCGCUUAGAUGUCGCGCGCAUUCGAAAUGUGAGCAGGCGAGGCGCGCGCGAGGCAAAUCCGGAAAGUAACGUAUCGUCGCCGACUCCGCUUUCGUCCCAGCAACAUUACACCGAGCAUUUCAUCGGGCUUGGCUGGCAGCGUGAUGGAUUGAGGAUUGGCCGAUCGUGCAGGAGACACGCGGAAACGCUGCGAAAAGUUGUGUGCGUGUUAUCGAAUUCGAAAUACUUGUGCUUCGAAAGUGAUCGUCGAUCUGCGUGGAGCGAGAGAGAGACAGAGAGAGGGAAAGUGAGGUUAGGUUAAAAAAGUUUCCAUGCUUGUCAACAUCUGAAUUAGACAAAACGGUGAGAAACGCAGAGGAUACUGAUCGCAGACGUUGCGAACAGAUUGUGCAGAUUGUGAUCACGACAUAUCGCCGCCCUCCCCCCCCCCUCCCUCCCCGCGCAAGGAAUUGAAUCUGCGAAGCGAACAACCAGGGCCGCGACAUGAGCACACAGCAGAGCCCGGCCGCCCUGCAGUCCACCGUCGACCGCGAGAAGGUAUACACGUGGAUAAUCGAGCUGUCGAAUCCGGAGACGAGGGAGAACGCUCUGCUGGAGUUGAGCAAGAAGCGCGAGGUAGUGCCCGACCUGGCACCCAUGCUGUGGCACUCGUUCGGCACUACGGCAUCCCUCCUGCAGGAGAUCAUUAACAUCUAUCCGGCGAUCAAUCCCGCGACCCUCACCGCUUAUCAGAGCAACCGGGUGUGCAACGCCCUGGCGCUGCUGCAAUGCGUGGCCAGUCAUCCGGAAACGAGAUCUGCGUUUCUGCAGGCACACGUCCCACUAUUUCUGUAUCCAUUUCUGCACACCGUAAGCAAAACGCGACCAUUCGAGUAUCUUCGCCUGACGAGUCUCGGCGUGAUUGGCGCACUGGUGAAAACCGACGAGCAGGAAGUGAUAACCUUCCUUCUCACCACCGAGAUCAUUCCGCUCUGUCUGCGAAUCAUGGAGAGCGGCUCGGAAUUGAGCAAGACCGUGGCGACAUUCAUAUUGCAGAAGAUACUGCUUGACGACAGCGGCCUGUCGUACAUCUGCCAGACCUACGAUAGAUUCAGUCACGUUGCCAUGAUAUUAGGAAAAAUGGUUCUAUCCCUAGCCAAAGAUCCCUCUGCGAGACUGCUCAAGCAUGUGGUGCGGUGUUAUCUAAGACUUUCUGACAAUCCAAGAGCAUUGUUAGCCCUGAGACAGUGCUUGCCGGAUCAGCUGAGGGACAACACUUUUGCGACGUGUUUGCAAGAAGACGCCUCAACCAAGCAUUGGUUGAACUUGCUUCUCAAGAAUCUGGAAGCUGGUCCGCAACAAGGUCCGCCGACUCAGCCAGGUCAACAAGAUCCCCGGUCGAUCGGUAUGUCGCCGCUCACUUCUUAAAUUAGAUUCCCUUCUCUGAUGAUUAUAUGAUACUCGGCACACAAGAACGGACUUCAGACGCUUCUACCCGUAAGUGAUUCUAUAUCCUUUUUUACGAAACGGUGCAUGAUACGACGGCCAUGCCAUCUGCAUUUUAUUACAGGUAGUUUAUGAAUUGUGCUGUGAAAAACUAGUAAAUAAGUGUAUCGUCGGAUUGGCAAUUAAUCAAGUACUUUAUGUUCGUUGUAAAUAUGUGUAAAAAAAAAUGCUUGGGCGAAAUCUACCAAUUAUAAUUCGGUUCGAUUUUAAUGGACGUUCAAUUUUGAAACUCUAAGGCUACCGACUAACAGCUUUAACAAAUCAAAAAAGUUUUAUACGAACGAAG